GCUGGGAAGGAAGAGGGAAUAGGGUCAGCCUCCAGGGGUGGAACAGAGCAGGGGCUUCUGGGAAACGGGAAGUCGAGAGCAACUUCUGUCCCCUGCUCCGGCAACACUUCCAAAGAUUUGAGCAGCUUCGCGCAUUAGCCGGCCAGAGAGGAACUUGCUCACGGACUAAGUGAACGGGCUGUCUGGGGCUCACCACUGGGAGGAACCUCUCUGACCCCUAAAGCUCCCAGGAAUUCCCUGGGGAGAACUCAUCUGACUGGAAAGGAACCCACAGUGUCCUGGAGAUCAGGAGAAACUGAGGCCAAAGAGCUGUGGAUUUCCAGUUACAAAGGGAGGCAGAACCCCCAUUUUCCCCAGAGCUAUUUGCUGCCAGCAGAUCUUUCUAAGCCCUUGGGGAAAGGAGAAAGACAAGCAGAGAUUUUCUGCUCAGAGUCUACUUGGAGGACAGGAGCAAAGGGCUAGGGUGUGUCUGCCUCAGGGCACCUGUGGGGGUGGGUAGGGGAGGCCCUCUGAUCCUGACUGAAGCAAGUGGGCUGAGUGGAAAUACAGAGGCAUUAGUUAGGGAUCACUUUGGAGGUCCUGGUGUUCCAGGAGGAUGGCUCCCUCCCAGACAAGCUUCUCACCCCCAGGCUCAGCUCCUAUCCUGGAAGAGGAAGGAAAGGCAUCUUUGCCCCUUCUGGGAUCCUGCUCCUUCCUAGCUCAGUCUGCUGAGGACCAAGGUCUGGCCCAAGAAGAGGCAGGCAGAAUGGCCCCUGGGAAGCCCAGAACCUCCUCCCUGGAAUUGGUGACCUUCAAGGAUGUGGCUGUGGACUUCACCCGGGAGGAAUGGAGCCUCUUAGAUGAUCCUCAGAAGUUGUUGUACAAGGAGGUCAUGCUGGAGAAUGCCCACAACCUGCUCUCCGUCGGGCUUCCAGUUCCCAGAGAAGAUUGGAUGUCUUCUUUUGAGCAGGGAGAAGCACCAUGGAUGCUGGCAGAAGAAGGCCCAGGAGAGGACAGACCUGAAAUGAAAAAGGCUUCUACAAAGAUAGCUCUUUCUGUGGAAGGACUUCAGACUGUAGAGAAAGCACAUGAGUAUCCUGAGUGUGGUAAUACUUUUAGUGAGAAUUCAUCCACACCGAGGAUCCACACAGGAGAAAAAUAUUAUAAAAAUAAUGAGUGUGAAAAGUCUUUCCUGCAGAAUGGCAAUCUUUCUCAUCUUCAGAGAAUCCACAGUAAGGAGAAAGCUUAUCAGGGCAGAAAAGGAUUCACACUGAGGUCCAAUCUUACUAGACAUCAGAGAACCCACUCUGGAGAAAAAUCUUAUGAAUGUAAUCAAUGUGGAAAAGCAUUCAAAUACAGCUCAAGACUUGCUAUACAUCAGAUAAUCCACACUGGGGAGAAACCUUAUAAAUGUAAUCAGUGUGGAAAGGCAUACAAAUAUAGUUCCAGUCUUCCUAAACAUCAGAGAAUCCACACUGGGGAGAAACCCUAUGAAUGUAAUCAAUGUGGAAAGACAUUCAGAAUCAGCUCCAAACGUACUAUACAUCAGAGAAUCCACACUGGGGAAAGACCUUAUAAAUGUAAUCAGUGUGGAAAGACAUUCACAGAUAGUUCCAGUCGUGCUAAACAUCAGAGAAUCCACACUGGGAAAAAACCUUAUAUAUGUAAUCAGUGUGGAAAGGCAUUCACACAGAGGUACAAUCUUGCUAACCAUCAGAAAAUCCACUCUGGGAAGAAACCUUAUGUUUGUAAUCAAUGUGGGAAGAAAUUCACAGAAAGCUGCUAUGUUGCACAACAUCAGAGAAUUCACACUGGGGAGAAACCAUAUGAAUGUAAUCAAUGUGGAAAGGCAUAUGUAAAUAGCUCCAGCCUUGCUAAACAUCGGAGAAUUCACACAGAGGAAAAACCUUUUAAAUGUAAUCAAUGUGGAAAGGCAUUCAGAUACAGCUAUGGUCUUAUUACACAUCAGAGAAUCCACACUGCAGAAAAACCUUAUCAAUGUAAUCAAUGUGGAAAGACAUUCACAUACAGCAGAGCUCUUAUUAUACAUCAGAGAAUCCAUACUGGGGAGAAACCUUAUGAAUGUAAUCAAUGUGGAAAGACAUUCAGAGGAAGCUCCAAUCUUGCUAUACAUCAGAGAAUCCACACUGGGGAGAAACCUUAUGAAUGUAAUCAAUGUGGAAAGACAUUCACAGGAAGCUCCAAACUUGCUCAACAUCAGAGCAUCCACUCUGGGGAGAAACUUUAUGAAUGUAAUCAGUGUAAAAAGACAUUUGCAUACAAAUCCAGUCUUGUAAGACAUCAGAGAAUCCACUCUGGGGAGAAACCUUAAUGAAGGUAAUCAAUAUGGAAAGACAUUCCCAUGAAGCUCCACUCUUGCACAAUAUCAGGAAAUCCACUCUGAAGGGGAACAUUAUGAAUGUAAUCAGUUUGGAAAGACAUUCACAUACAGAUCCAGUCGUGUUCCACAUCAGAGAUUCCACACUGGGGAGAAAUCUCGUGAAUGUAAUUAAUGUGGUGAAACAUUCCUCCAGAAGUCUGUCCUUAUUUUCCCAUUGGAGAAUUCUUACUACCUAUAAAUCUUAGUACUCUUAUAAAUGAGGAAAGCCACUGAAAUGAAAAACAGAGCUUCUAAGUAGAUGACUGUCUCUGGAAAAUACAGGUCACCCAUGAAAGCUUAAAUUUUGUUUCUCAAUGUGAGUGAAUAUUGAAAUGAGAGAGUGAUUUGUACCCAGCCAUCAGGUAGUAACAUAGCAAAAAGAGGCAAUAGAGUUGCUUGUAAAUUGGUGGCAGAAUAAAGUGCAAAAAAAAGUUAUUUUCA